GAUGUAAAUAGCCUUUUGUCAACAAAUAGGUAGGCCUAGGGUUAAAAGUAGCAUUUGUUGAACACUGUUUUGCGACAAGUACAACCCAAAUAACUACAAGAACCACUUUGCUGUGCGGGGUGUGGCUAAUCAUCGCAUCGACACCCAUUGUCCGUGUUAUCUAAUCGACAAAAAAGCAACAUCAUCUGUGCUCGGCUGAUUGUUUAGCAUUUUUGUUUUAGUAUGAGUAUUUGCUCAGUAUUGUACCUGCUCUCGGCAUGAACAGUUUUGGACCGGGCAACUGGCUGCUCGUCGGCCUUCUAUCACUGAUUGCCCUUUUUGCCGGCGUUGCUGGCGCUGCCAACUAUCGGCUGGAAGGCAACGUAUUGCCCACAUUCUACAACCUGACCAUAAGUCUGAGGGGCGAUGCUAAUAAUCCAGGCACAACAUUCGAUGGCGAGGUGAAAAUAACGCUGCACGCGGUGCAGACGGAUGUGCGGCAAAUCACGCUGCACAAGGACGACAUUGAAAUAGCAGAUGGAGCCUGGCUCUAUAACGAUACCGGUGAUCUAUUGGAGGAUAUUGGGCAGAGCUCGCUAACCUAUGACCAGCCGACACAGCAGCUGACUGUGCAUCUGGCGCAGACUUUAACCGUCAACAGGAACUACACGCUGCACUUCAAGUACGUUGGCCAAGUGCAGAGCGGCAUGACGGGCCUUUAUUCCGCCAGCUAUGUGGAUCAGCAGACGGGCAAGACCAAGUGGAUGCUCCUAACGCAGCUGCAGCGCAUCAAUGCACGCCUGGUCUUUCCCUGCUUCGACGAGCCCGCCUUCAAGGCCAGGUUCCAGGUGCACAUUGGCCGAGCAGGCGGCGUGAAUGCCACAAGUAAUACGAAGCUAAUCGAAACAAUUGACGAGGGCAGCAAUCGCUUUAUGGAUCACUUUGACGUGACGCCACCAAUGUCCACUUACCUAUUGGCAUUCAUGGUCUCCGAGUAUCGGGCACGUGGCAAUAUCAACGAAUUAGCAGUGAUAACUCGGCCAGAAGACUAUAACAAGACCGAGUUCAGUUACAAUGUGGCCAAAAGCGUGCUGGAUGCCUACGACGAUCUGUUCCAGCAGUCCUAUAAGGAUUUGGGCAACCAGGUCCUCUUGCAUGCGACCACACCGCGCUUUCCACACAAUGGCAUGGAGAACUGGGGUCUCAUUAUCUACAAAGAUACCGUGCUGGAGCAUGAGCCUUACUACUCAGACGGCUGGAAUGACAAGGAGCAUACGAUACGGAUUCUGGCACACGAGACAUCGCACAUGUGGUUCGGCAACAGCGUAACCUUUUCCUGGUGGAGUUACUUCUGGCUGAACGAGGCAUUUGCACGCUAUUACGAGUACUUCAUGGCGCAUCAGCUGCACCCAGAGUAUCGACUAGACGAGCAGUUUGUUGUGCGCCAGCUUCAGUUGAUCUUUGCAACCGAUGCCAAGGCCAGCACCCAGCCGAUGACCAGCCCAGAGGCGAGCAUACAAACUCCAUCCCAAAUCGGCUACAAAUUCAGCAGCAUUACCUAUGCCAAGGGCGCCAGCAUAGUUCGCAUGUGGUGUAAUGCUAUGGGCGCUGACAACUUUGAUACGGCCAUCCGAGCAUACCUGAAGCAGCAUCACUUGGGUAGCACAGAACCCAAAGAUUUGUUUACACAUCUCAAGACGAACUGGCCAGCUGUCAAUAUAAACUUAGAUCAGUUUUUUUAUGACUUCACCGAGCAGGUGGGCUUUCCAACAAUCAUGGUGAAUAUUACCUGGGAGGACCGCAUGAUCACCUUGCGACAACAUCGUUUCCUGCUGAAUCCAGACGAUGGCAGCGAUACUAAUUUACGCUACACGGUGCCCAUCACAUUUGCCACGAACUUGUCGCCCAAUUUCCAGAACCUGACACCCUAUAUGUACUUCAAUAAGUCUUUGGAUUUUGUGCAGUUGAGUUUGCCUGAGCCCAUUGACUGGAUUGUGUUCAAUCUAAAACAAUCUAAUUAUUAUCGUGUAUACUAUGAGCCAUCGCUAUUAAAUCGGAUUCAAGUGGCUCUGGCGAAGGCCAACCACAGUGAAAUCGCAGUCGAGAACCGUGCGGCAAUCAUUGAUGAUCUCUUCAACUUUGCCUACAUUGGAAGUCUUGAUUACGCUGACGUCUUCAAGUUCCUGGAGUACAUGAGUGGGGAAGUCGAUUAUGUUCCCUGGUAUGCGGCCUAUGAGGGCAUGGCACGUGUGGCCAAGCGCUUGCCCCCAGAGCAUCUGUCCAAUUUCGGGAAAUAUCUUGGCGAUAUCACAGCUUCGGUACAGAAAAGCCUCGGUGUAAGUUUGAGGGCUAACGACACGGCGUUGGAUGUCUACAAUCGCGACAAGCAGGUGGCCUGGCUCUGCAGGUAUCAGGACAUGAAUUGCAAUAACAAGGUGCGCGAAAAGUUUGUAAGCAGCUCCGAACCGCUAUCGCCAGACUAUCGAGAGACUUUCUACUGUGCAGCCUCCAGAACGGGCGGAUAUGCCCGCGUCUUGGAAUACUAUGCGAACGAAACCAACCCCACCGAACGAGAACUCCUUUGGCGCGCCGCCAGUUGUACAAGAGAUUAUCGAGCGCACUACCAAAAGGAGAUCUUAGGUAUCGCCAACAGCGUGUCCCUAAAGAUGGUUGGCCUGGCACAGCUGUACGAGCAGAAUCCCGACAUGAUAACACAAAUUUUCCUUGCCGUAACUGAGGACAUCACACAGUUGGCUGCUGCCUUGGACAGCUGGCCGAAGACUGCCGAGGCGCUGGCCAGUAUGUCAGACUACUUUACCACACGGACGCAGCAGCAGCUCUUCUCCACUUUUAUUGAUGAAAACCAGAACCUAUUUGGCAGCUCGGCGGAAAUACUUACCGAAGCACUGUCCAACGUCGACAAGCAUGUGAAUUGGACAGAGGAGAACUUGGGCAAGCUGAUCGACUUUUUGGGCCAGAGGAACAGCGCUGCUGGACUGACGCUGGUGUCGGCUUUGCUAGUGAUGACCCCACUUUUAACUUUCUUGCUUGGAUACGAACUCAGUCUUGGAAUCGCUUUCGACAUGAAAAAUUGUCAAAUCCGAAGUUGGCCCUUAAUCGCACUUCUCUCAUUUGCCUGGAUCGGGAGCAAUGAGUGUGCCCUCAACUAUCGGCUCGAAGGCAACGUAGUGCCCACCUUCUAUAACCUUACCAUAGGUCUACGCGGCGACGCUGAGAACCCUGGUACACAGUUCGAUGGCGAGGUCUUCAUCACUUUGAAGGCGGUGCUGGCAGAUGUGAAGGAAAUCACGCUGCACAAGGAUAUAUCCAUCGAUAUAGAAGAAUGCUCACUCUAUAAUGCUGCUGGACAGCUGGUGGAGAGUGGACUUAACAAUCGGCUGACGACUGAGGAGCAGACACAGCAGCUAACAGUGCCCCUGGCGCAGUCCUUAGCUGCCGAUGCCAACUACACCUUGUACUUCAAGUACUCCGGGAAAGUUCAGUCCGAUACGGUGGGUCUUUUCUCCGCCAGCUAUAUAGACGAGGCUACGAUGAAGACCAAAUGGGUGCUAUUAACUCAGAUGCAACCCAUCAACGCACGCCUGGUCUUUCCCUGCUUUGACGAACCCGCUCUAAAGGCCAAGUUCCAGAUGCACAUUGGCCGACCAAGUGAUCUAAGGGUCGUCAGUAACACGCAAUUGAUCAAAACUACAGACGAGGGGAAUAAUCGAUUUACGGAUCACUUUGAGGUAACCCCCAUCAUGUCCACCUAUCUGUUGGCUUUCGUGGUCUCCGAGUACCAGGCACGGGGCAACAGCUCGUUGUCCAUCCUAACCCGUCCGGCGUACUACAACUACACGGAGUUCAGCUACAGCGUGGCAGAGCGUGUGCUGCCCGCAUUUGGUGAGCUGUUCCAGCAGUCUUAUCAGCAGCUCGGCAACGAGCUGUUGCAGUAUGCAACCACACCCCGUUUUCCCCACAACAGCAUGGAGAACUGGGGCCUGGUCAUUUUCAAGGAUAAGGCGGUCUUGGAACAGCCAGGCGUUACGGAUGGCUGGACGCAGAAGGAGUUCACCAUUCGCAACAUAGUCCAUGAGAACGCGCACAUGUGGUUCGGGAACAGCGUCACAUGCAAAUGGUGGAGCUACAUUUGGUUGCAUGAGGGAUUCGCGAGCUACUAUGAAUUCUUUAUGGGACAGGAGCUAUACCCGGAAUAUCAGCUUGACCAGCAAUUUCUUGUGCACAAGCUUCAUAAUGCCCUUUUGAGUGAUUCUCAAAAUCUCACACAGGCUAUGACCAGCCCACUAGGGAGCAUCCUUACACCCGCGGAUAUUGACUAUAAGUUCGACGAACUCACAUUUGCAAAGGCUGCUAGUGUAAUCCGCAUGUGGCGCAUCGCAAUGGGCGAGGAGAACUUUAAUUUGGCCAUCCAAGAUUUCCUCCAGCAUUACUACUUAAGCAGUACGUCGCCCACUGGCUUAUAUGUACUUCUCAACGAACGUUGGCCUAUACAGGAAUAUGGGUUAUUAAAUCAAUCCUAUUACGACUUCACCAUACAGGUGGGCUACCCUCGGAUCAUAGUGAGCCUAGAUCUCAAUGGCAACUUGAUCACCUGGGAUCAGCAACGCUUUCUGUUGAAUGCCAGCGAUGGUAGCGAUCCCAAACUGCGCUACACAGUGCCCAUCACCUACGCCACAAACCUGGCACCCAAUUUCCAAAAUCUGACGCCCGCUUUCUACUUUGAUAAAAGAUUUGAUAUAUAUCGGCACUGGUCGGACGAAUCCAUUGACUGGGUUAUCGUUAAUCUUAAACAAGCCAACUACUACCGAGUAUUUUACAAGGCACCAUUGCUUAGCCGGAUUCAAUUAGCCCUGACCAAGAGUGACCACAGUGGGAUCCCCGUCGAGAAUCGUGCUGCAAUCAUUGACGACCUCUUCAACUUCGCCCUCGCUGGAUUGAUUGACUAUGUGGAGGUAUUCGAGUUCAUGGAGUACAUGAGCACAGAAACAGAAUAUAUACCCUGGUAUGCGGCAUAUGUGGGCAUGGAAGAGGUCGCAAAGCGUUUGACCCCACAGCAGCUGCCCAACUUUAACAAGUAUCUAAGCGAUAUCGCAGCUGCGGUCUUCGACAAACUGGGCGUAGGUUGGACUUCCGGGGACAAGGUGUUGGAUGUCUACAAUCGCAACAAGCAGGUCGCCUGGCUCUGCAAGUACCAGAAUUCCAAUUGCACCAACCAGAUAAAGGAGUUAUUUGAAGGCAGCACGGAAAAGCCAUCUCCAGACUAUCGGGAGACAUUCUACUGUGCAGCCUCCAGAUCUGGCGGAUAUAGCCGCGUAUUGGAAUACUAUGCAAAUGAAAACAGCUAUAUAGACAGAGAGAUCCUUUGGCGCGCCGCCAGCUGUACAAGGGAUUAUCGAACGCACUACCAGAACGAGAUCUUAGGCAAGGGCAACAGCGUGGACCUGAAGAUUGUUGGCCUGGCUCAGCUGUACGAGCAGAAUCCCGACCUGGUAACGCCCAUUUUCCAAAUGAUAACCGAGGACAUCGCACAACUGGCUGAGGCCUUGGAGAGCUGGCCGAAGACUGCCCAGGCGCUGAGCGAUUUGGCGGACUAUUUCAGCACGCGGGAGCAGCAGCAGCUGUUCUCGAAUUUCUACAAGGAGAGCCAGACGCUGUUCGGCAGCUCCGCGGAGACGCUUAGGCAGGCACUGGAGACGGUGGACUCGAAUGUGCAAUGGGCAGAGCAGCGCUUGGGCAAGCUGGUCAGCUUUCUGGCCCAGAGGAAUGGAGCUGCUGGACUGACGUUGGUAUCUUCUUUGCUAAUGAUGAUGUGCACACUUUUGAAUUUGUUGCUUAAAUAGGAAUUUAAAUAAAGGCGUGGGUUAGAUUUACAAGAUUGUAAAUCAUUUAAAACCCAUGAUCAACUUUCUUAUGCCUGUA